UUUUCUUUUUCAACUCUUUAUUUUAAAAAUAUGACCCAAACUGCUCCAGCCCCUUCUCUUGACUUUAGCAUUAAUGCUGCACAAGUCGAAAGUAUCACCAACGAUAUUAUUGCAGAGGAACUUGCUGUCAAUGAUGAAAUUUCUGCUUUGAAGCCUGAAGAACAGACUUAUGAGAAUAUUGUUGUUCGUUUGGCCCGUAUGGAAAAUGAAUUAGCUGGCAAGGCCCAAUUGGUUAGCUCUUUGAGCCAAAUCUCCCCCGACGCCGAUAUUCGUGAGGCAUCAGUUGCUGCCGAGACUAAAUAUGAUCAAUUUAGUAUCGAGCAAAGCAUGCGUCAUGACCUUUUCACCGUGAUUCAAAGCUAUAUCUCCAAGACAGAUUUGGAUACAUUAGAUGCUGAGGAUGCUCGUCUUCUUCGUAAACUUGAACGUAGUUUUAUUCGUAACGGUCUUCAUCUCUCAGAAGAAAAGCGUGAUGAAUUUAAGGAACUUCGUAAGCGCUUAAGUGAAGUUUGUAUCGAGUUCAAUAAAAACUGGUCUCGUGAAAGCAGCACUGUUAAGUUUACAAAGGAAGAAUUAGAAGGCCUUGAUGAUGACUUUUUGGACGGAUUGAAAAAGGAAGAGGAAGACGGUGUUACCAAGUACAUUUUGACUAUGAAGUAUCCUGAUGUUCGUCCAGUACUCAAGUUGUGUAAGAAUGAAAAUACUCGUAAGGUUCAUAAUACAGCUUAUGAAUCCCGUAACCAAGAGAACAUUGCUUUGCUUGAAGAGGCCGUUAAGCUCCGUCGCCAAGCUGCCAAGGUUUUAGGUUACAAGUCCCACGCCGCUUAUGUGCUUGAAGUUAAAAUGGCCAAGACCGUUGAAGCCGUUGAGACUUUCUUGAACGAUUUAGCUGAUAAGCUUUACGCUCCUGGACGAAAGGAAAUUGAAAGACUUAAAGAAAUUAAGAAAACUGAAAAAGCUGAACGUGGCGAAGAAUUCGAUGGCUCCUUCAAUGCUUGGGAUUCUAGCUACUAUGAGCGUAUUCUCCUUGAGAAUGAAUAUUCUGUAGAUCAAGAAGAGAUCAAGAAAUUUUUCAGUUUGGAGACUACCAUUCAAAAAAUGUUGGAUAUUUAUGAAAAGGUUUUGGGUCUCAAAUUUGUAAAGGUUUCUGCUGAGAAUGCUACCGUCUGGCACCCUGAUGUUCAACUUUUUGAGUGCUGGGAUGCAGUUGAGGACAAAAGCUUCUCCGGUUACAUGUACCUUGAUUUGUUUCCUCGUGAUAACAAAUAUUCCCAUGCUGCUUGCUUUCCUCUCCAGCCCUCCUACAUCGCUGAAAAUGGUGAGCGUGUAGCCCCAAUUGCUGCUAUGGUUGCUAACUUUACAAAGCCUACUGCCAGCAAGCCAUCUCUUUUGAAGCAUGAUGAUGUUGUUACCUUGUUUCAUGAAUUGGGUCAUGUUAUGCAUCAUUUAUGUAGUCGCACUAAAUAUGCCAGAUUCCACGGAACUUCAGUUGAAGGAGAUUUUGUUGAAGCACCUUCUCAGAUGUUAGAGAAUUGGUGUUAUGAUCCCAAGUCACUCAAAUACCUUACCUCUCAUUUUGAGACUGGCGAACCUAUUUCUGAUGAAAUCAUUGAACGCAUUGUUAAGGCCAAGAAUGUUGAUGCUGCUAUCCAAAACUUGCGUCAAUUAUUCUUUGGCAUGUAUGAUAUGACUAUUCAUACUUCUGAAGAUGAAAAUCUUGACACCACCGAGGUUUACAAUACGCUCCGUGAAAAGAUUUCAUUGGUCGCUGCCCCCAAGGGUUCUUUCGGUCAAGCUGCUUUUGGACAUCUGAUGGGUGGCUAUGAUGCUGGAUAUUAUGGUUACAUGUGGUCCAAGGUCUUUUCCAGUGAUAUGUUCUUUAGUAGAUUUGAAAAGGAUACCCUCUCUGCUGAGGCUGGUUUCUCCUAUCGUAAAAAUGUUCUCGAAAAGGGUAGUAGCAGGGAUGGUAUGGAUCUUUUGAAGUCUUUCCUCGGAAGAGAGCCUUCAUCAGAAGCUUUUAUGAGAGAGGACAUUGGUGUUACAAACUAAAUAAUACGAGUAACCCCGCAGAGUAGAAAAUAUAAAAUUAUUUUGUAAAGAAAAAAAUGUCUUAUAUACAUAAUGUUGUCUAUCACAACUCGUCAUUAAUAAAAUUGUAAACCGUACAACGGACUAUAGAUUGUUA